AUGCGCAACUUGUCUGACCAGUUUCCUGUGGAGGACUCGCCGAUGAACGCACGGCGCCAGAUGGCGAACGGCGAUGACCACUCGCAGAGAGACUCGCCGAUGAAUCACGAUGUCGCACACACCUACGAGGGCAAUACGUUGGAUGGCCACCUAACCAAGGCAGAGAGUGCGUCGAUGACGAAGACCCCGACCGCGGCUGCUAAUGGGGCUUGCGCGAACUCCGCCCCUUCCGAGUAUGUGGUGGCGAAGGAGCGGCUGGAGGCGGCACGCGCAGCACACAAGCAGCGUUUGCGCGAGAUCAAGGACGACAAGUCGCUAAAGAUAAAAUCCAUGCCGUCUCUGGAGGAGCUGCGCGACGAGCGCGUGCGUCUCUCGGAGCAGGUGCUGCAUCACAAGGACGAGCAGGACUCCCUCGCCCUCGACAUCGAAGGACUGGAGGGCGCCGCGGAGGUGUACCAACUGGCGGCCCGCGUGCAGCGCCUGGAGCACUUUGCCAAUCGUGCAUAUGAGUACGCCGAGGAGACGCUGCCGAGAGAUAUCGAGAGGACGCUGGAGGAGGACCGUCAGCUGUCCAACCGGGAGCUGUGCGCCUAUAUCCAGGAGCUCCAGAGCAAGCGCGCGAAUACGCUCAAGAAGGUUGUCGCCUCGCAGGAGGGCAUGGUCAAGCGGAAUCUGCGCAAAGGCGCUACUGCCACGACUGCCGCUCUGGGCGAGGAUGCGGACCCGAUGGAGGCCAAGGCGGUGGCGCACACGCAGGAGAACAAGGACGAGUGCGUUGUGCUGCACCAGAAGAUCCGCAGGUUCUGCGCUAUGAGGACGAAGCUGCAGAGCGACAUCCUGAAGGAGAAGAGCGCCAGCAAAAAGAUGGAGGAGAGGAUGUGCGCCGCCAUCCGCACCGCGGAACUGGCCAACGCCCGCGAUGCUCGCAUGUGUGGGGAGCUGAACAACCGCAACGCCGCCGCCACGACGAACUCGCAGCUGCUUAUAGACCAACUCAACGUUGGCCACUACGGCCUCGGCAACGCGCCGUCGACGAAGCAGCUGCUGGAGGACCGAAAGGCGCGCGAGGCCUUGCUGGAAACCACGGAGACAGAUCAGCAGCAGUACGGGCGGUUUGUAUCCAGCGGCUCCUUAGGUUCCCGCCAGUCGUACGCGAACUCGCAGAGCUCUCACCAGCGCGCCAUCAAGCCACCGCUGGUGGCCUCGAAGCCGACGGCGGCGCAGCGCGCCCGUGAUGACGCUUCGCGCUCCUCACGCGAGGAGUUCGCGCAGAUGCUGCGCCGCAACAGCGAUGGUAACAGUUACCAAGCGUCUCGCUCCCAGUCAUUGUCGAAGCCGCCGCUGGUGGCCUCGAAGCCGACGGCGUCGCAGCAGAGUCGCGAAACCGCCCUUCGUGGGGAACGCGAGGAGGUUUCGGUGUCCCGCACCGUCGCGCGGAGCAACUCCCUCUUUUCCGAUGUGCGGCCGCCAUCCCUCGCGGCCAAGUCCACCGCUUCGCAGCGUAGCCGCGAUAGGCAGUAG